GUGAGGAGGGGGCGGGCGGGGCGCCGUCACGUAUCGGGCGUGACGCUACGCCGGGCGGUGCGUGGGUCGAGGAGGCGCUGAUCGGCCGGAGCAUCGGCGGCUCGUUGUGAUGAGAAGGUGUUGCACACACUUUGACGCGGAAGACUGAUUUGUUGCAAAGGAUAUCCUAAAUGUCGGAACUAUCUGCUCAAAUUGUGCCUGCCUUUCAGGCUGGGCAACCAAAGGAAGCUACCUCAGAAAGCACUCAGAACAAUUCGUCCAACCUGGCCCGCAGGGGUCCAGAUGAAGAUGAUCGUUGUAUGGAGAGUAACGGUCAGUCACAGAAUGACACACGGCAGACCCAGGAGGAGUUUGGCGAUGAAGAGGAGCUGUCCCUUAAAUACGGAGCCAAGCACGUCAUCAUGCUCUUUGUUCCUGUCACUCUGUGCAUGGUGGUGGUGGUGGCCACAAUCAAGUCGGUCACUUUCUACACUCGGAAGGACGGACAAUUAUUGUACACACCGUUUACAGAAGACACAGAUAACAUUGGACAGCGAGCUGUGAACUCCAUUUUGAACACACUCAUUAUGAUCAGUGUCAUUGUGGUGAUGACCCUGAUUCUUGUGCUUCUCUACAAAUACAGGUGCUACAAGGUAAUUCAUGGAUGGCUGAUAAUUUCAUCGCUCUUGCUCCUUUUCUUUUUCUCCUUCAUCUAUUUGGGGGAAGUCUUUAAAACUUAUAAUGUUGCCAUGGAUUACUUCACAUUAGCAAUCUUGAUCUGGAACUUUGGAGUGGUCGGAAUGAUAUGUAUUCACUGGAAGGGGCCACUUCGAUUACAACAGGCCUACCUGAUCAUGAUCAGUGCUCUGAUGGCCCUGGUUUUCAUCAAGUACCUUCCGGAAUGGACUGCAUGGCUCAUCCUGGCUGUGAUUUCUAUAUACGAUCUGGUGGCGGUUCUGUGCCCAAAAGGCCCCUUGCGUAUUCUAGUGGAAACUGCCCAAGAAAGAAAUGAACCGAUAUUUCCAGCUCUGAUCUAUUCCUCAACGAUGGUCUGGCUGGUUAACAUGGCGGAUGUCGAUCCAGAGGCCAGGCUACCCCCAGCAAAUGACUCUGAUUCUGAAGCAAACACCGUUACACUGACCCAGUGUCCUGAUGACGGUGUUGUAGAAACAGAUGAUGGAGGCUUCAGCCAGGAAUGGAGAGAGACCAGAGACGCCAGGUUGGGCCCGAUGGAGUCGACGCAGGAAACCCGGGCCAACGUGCAGGCCUUGCCGAGCCCUCCAGUGGCAACGGAAGAUCCAGAGGAGAGGGGUGUGAAACUUGGUUUAGGCGACUUCAUAUUCUACAGCGUUCUUGUUGGAAAAGCAUCAGCAGCGGCAAGCGGAGACUGGAAUACAACUCUGGCCUGCUUCGUGGCAAUACUAAUUGGUUUGUGCCUUACUCUCCUGCUGCUUGCCAUCUUUAAGAAGGCUUUACCAGCUCUUCCGAUCUCCAUCACAUUUGGGCUUGUUUUCUACUUUGCUACAGACAACCUGGUGCGUCCAUUCAUGGACCAGCUUGCCCUCUAUCAGUUUUAUAUAUAGGACUGACUGCCCUUUCCACCGAGGAGAUUGCAGAUGUACUGCAAGUCGUGUUCAGAACUGGAAUAGAGACAUCUUGUAAUUUGUAUAAACAUCCCAGAUUAGGGAAAGUAAAGCUUUAUGGAACUUGGUGUGGAUUAUCAUUUUCUACCCAAUUCAUCAUCUUUCUAACCAGUGACAUCUGAGGAAAAUCCACCUGGUGUGAUUUGGACAGGAAAAAAAUUUGGCAUCUCGCAACGGAGUGGUGGCGGGACUAGGGAAAGGUUCCUGUCUGCGCUGUGCUUGUAAAUAGCCUCACAGUGCAAAGACAGCAAAUGGGCUCCAAACACACUCCUCCAAAUGUGGAUUUGAAAUGUUGCUUCACUGAGCUACUUUAUGACUCUGUAAAAGGUUCUUGCACUUCAGAAAGGUGGUGGCCUCUUCUAUGUAAACAAGCCUCUGAUAGAUGCACCAUAAACUUUACUUCACCCUGAAUUGAACUUUUUCUUUCAAAUUUAACAAAAAGAUUAGUUUUGAAAUGGAAACAGGAAAUGCCAGGGCAGAGCAGGUCAGCAUGCAGCUCAUGGAGGGAGGGGGCAGGGGUAAUGUUCCCAGUCAUUGACCCUUGUGUGUCCUGCAGCAACUUCAUGUUUUUAUUGCAGACCCCCAGCAGCUUGUACUGAUGCUUUUUGUACUGAUGUACUUUAUUUUUUUAAAGUUAUUAUAAAUACGGCACUGUGGAAUUUGUGAUGUUUUGAAAGAAUGCCUACAAAUGUAUUGAACUUUUUUUAACAAAAUAAUUGGGUUCUUAAUGACCAACUGGCUUCUGUCUGGUCCCUGAUUCAGAGUGAUUAAAGGUUAGUGAUACACUGGA